AUCCCAGUAUUCCUCAAAGUUCUGGAAGUUGGGAAUUCGCUAUGCAACUUCAUUGGAAAGGUGUUACGUACGGCGCAAGUGAUCGCUGAAAAGUUAACCUUUGGAUUACCAGGAAGGUCGGCCUUUAUAGGAUCCUGCUUUUUUGAGGUUAUUCGAUUGUCAGUGGGGUGAAGAUGAUGUCCGAUGCCAGCGAGAUGUUGGCAGCGGCCUUGGAGCAAAUGGAUGGGAUCAUAGCAGGAUCCAAGGCCAUGGACUACUCCAACGGUUUGUUUGACUGCCAGUCGCCCACCUCUCCCUUCCUGGGCAGCCUGCGGGCGCUGCAUCUGCUGGAGGACCUGCGGGGGGCGCUAGAGCUGAUGGAUGCGGACGAGAGGGAGGGCCUGCGCUGCCAGGUGCCCCAAGCCACGGCGGAGGGACUCGUGGGGUGGCUGCAGGGGCGAAUGACUAACGGGCACGGUUCAGUGGGUUCCCUAGAUGCCGUCUACCAGGAGCGCCUCUCUCGCCUGGAGAGCGACAAGGAAUGUCUCGUUCUGCAGGUGAGCGUGCUGACGGACCAGGUGGAAGUGCAGGGGGAGAAGAUCCGAGACCUGGACAUGUGUCUGGAUGAACACAGAGAGAAGCUCAACGCCACAGAGGAACUGCUGCAACAGGAGGUGUUGAGAAGGACAGCCCUUGAGACACACAAGCUGGAGCUGAUGACUGAGGUCUCCAGUCUGAAACUGAAGCUGGUUGCUAUGGAAAGAGAGAAAAGGGAUAGUGAGGGCCUGUACCAGGAAGUGACAGAUCUGCGGUUCAGGGUGACCGAUAUGGAGAAUGAAAGACUGCAGUGUGAGAAGAAACUCAAGUGUACCCAAGAGGAGCUGCAGGGUCUGCAGGUGCUGCUGGAGGGCAGGGACGAGGCGCUGAGGACACUGAGGGACGAGGGCAGGCCGGGGGUCCUGAGUCUGGACAGGACAGAUGGAGGGGACAGAGAUGCAGAGAUGAUGAGGAUGAAGAGGGCGCUGGAGUCCCUCAUGACAGCCAAUGCUGAGAAGGAGCAGAGGAUUGAGGAGCUUCAGGAGUCAGUCACACGCUACAAGAUGGUCCAGGACCUGGUGACAGAUAAGUUGAAUGAAAACGAUUACGACGACAUCCCAGAUGACGCAUCGCCAUCCAUUCACGUCGCCAUGGAAAUGGACAGGGCCAUGCUGGCAUUGCAGGAGUGUGCGGAGGCAGGAAGGAGGCCUGGCGAGGUCGUCCCCUGUAUCACAGAGCUCUCCGAUUAUGAGCAGGAGAACCACACAGAGGCCCUGACCCCAGAAAGACUCAACCAACUGUCCCUCUCCUCCAGCCCCCUAGACGUCCAUCAGUCGAGUAGUACCAGCCACAUAACCAGCAGUACUGAGCAGAGCAUAACCAAGGAGUCCAGUCCCUCAUCCAGCUCGCUUUCCAAACCAAACACCUCAGGGGAUGAGAGCUUUGGGUCCAAGAAGGCCCGCUCGUCUUAUGGGCGAGGCUUCUUCAAGAUGCGUGGAGGCAAGAGAACCGCUAGCAGCCCUAACCUGGACCGCAGUCGCAGUGCCAGUGCACCAACGUUAGCGGAGACGGAGAGAAAGGGCACGGAACACCUGGACCUGGCGGGGGCUCCGCCCCGGAUGACCCAGGGGGGAGGGGGCAACCACAACCUACCUGCCUCGCCCGAGAGCAAGAAGAAGGCCAGAGGCCUCAAGAAGUUCUUUGGCAGGCUGAGGAGAAGUCAUUCCACCUCCUUCAACCUGGACGAGGCAGAGACGGAGUUCAAGAGGGGAGGGGUCAGGGCCACCGCGGGCCCCCGUCUCGGAUGGUCACGUGACCUGCACCAUGCCGCCAAUGACGUGGAGGUGCCUUUUGCUCGGUGGACUAAAGAGCAGGUGUGUGUGUGGCUGCAGGAGCAGGGUCUGGGUCUGCACAUGGCCCAGGCCCAGGGAUGGAUCCGGUCAGGACACACCCUGCUUCAGGCCUCGCAGCAUGACCUGGAGAAGGAGCUGGGACUCAAACACCCCCUUCACAGGAAGAAGCUGCUGCUGGCCCUGCAGUCCCUGGGCUCGGAGGAGGACGACCUCAAGGGCCUUCUGGACCACAACUGGGUGACCAGGUGGCUUGAUGACAUAGGCCUACCUCAGUAUAAGAGCCAGUUUGAGGAGGGACGCGUUGAUGGGCGCAUGCUGCACUACAUGACUGUGGAUGACCUGCUGUCUCUGAAGGUGGGCAGUGUGUUCCACCACCUCAGCAUCAAGAGAGCCAUCCAGGUCCUCCGCCUCAACUUCUACGAGCCAAACUGCCUCCGACGACGCCCCUCCGACGAGAACAACAUCACGCCUGCCGAGAUCUCCCAGUGGACCAAUCACAGGGUGAUGGAGUGGCUGCGCUCCGUGGACCUAGCUGAGUACGCCCCCAACCUGCGGGGCAGCGGCGUGCACGGGGGGCUCAUGGUGCUGGAGCCCAGAUUCAACGUGGAGACCCUGGCACUCCUGCUGAACAUCCCCCCCAACAAGACCCUGCUGAGGCGCCACCUGGCCACGCACUUCCAGCUGCUCAUCGGCUCCGAGGCCCAGAGGCUGAAGCAGGAGUGCCUGGAGCACCCAGACUACACCGUGCUCACCGCCACCGCCAAGGUCAAGCCCAGAAGACUGUCGUUUGGCAGCUUUGGGACCCUGCGAAAGAAACGCCAGGAGGACAGCGACGAGUACGUCUGCCCCAUGGACGUGGAGAUGCCCAAGAACAGCAGCUUCCAGAGGGGGCUGAGGAUCUACGAGGAUGACCUCUGCGUCCUGGAACAGAUGGAGGACUCUGAGGGGACGGUGAGGCAGAUAGGAGCCUUCUCCGAGGGCAUCAACAACCUGACGAGCAUGCUGAAGGAUGAGGAGUUCUUUACGGAGAUCUCCCCCGAGGCUAGCGUGACAGACGAGGACUCGAACGUGUGAGGGAGUGACCUUCCGCCCCGAUGCCAACCGAGCGCUGUGACAUGGAACAAACCGUACUAGCUCUACCACCACGGUGACUGAACACACUCUGACAAACAUAACCAAUGCUUCAUUUGGGACUUUCUCUCAUUUUCAAGUAAAAACAAACAAUAUGUAUGUAUUUAUUGAGAUUGUCCAAAUGUACUGCAUGAAUUCACAAACCUGCGUUUGCAUGAUAUCCACAUGAACUUAUUUCCUUAUAGGAGUACUUACUGUAUGUUUUGAUACCUCUGACGAUCCACUAGUAUUACAAUAUGUCCAACUUAUUUUUAGAAUGCUCUCCCCUUUUCCCCCAUUAGCCUCUGUGUAACCUUUGUGAAAUGUCUUGUGGGACACAUCGCCAUGGCAUCCCAGCUGAUGUCCACACAUUCCAGUCUGUUUGUCCAUCCUAAUCCCCUCCAUCUGCUGUGUUACUUGAUGAACAGAUCAACAUAUUUUUCUAUAUCCCACAUCUGACCUGUUGUACACCAUAAAUUAACUUGACAAUCCUAUAUAUUUUAGUGUUCACCCACAAUAGUGAUGUUAUCCUUAACCACGUAUCAAUGAUUCUUAUGUACCAUGUACUGUUUAUGUAUUUUGUAAUAUUGUUAAUAAAGUUAAAUGUAAUA